GGGGCGCGGGGCAGCGCAGGUUCCCGUCGGCGCUGGCUGCGGCCUGCACUGAGCGGGGGGGCGGCCCCGGCCCGGCGCCGCGGGACCAUGGACCCGGCCGAGGCCGUGCUGCAGGAAAAGGCGCUCAAGUUCAUGGUCUCAACUUCCUCCCCUCCCCUCAUUUCUUCUUACAUGGAAGCAGAUGAAAUGCAGAAGCAGCAGUACUGCCUUGGAAGUACCAUACCCCGAAUACACAUGCCAAAAGAUGGAUUUCAGCUUAUAUCUUCUGGAUACCAAGCAUGGCUAAAGCAGUGCUCUAUGCCCAGAUCUCUGUGGCUGGGCUGCUCCAGCCUGGCGGACAGCAUGCCCUCGCUGCGAUGCCUGUAUAACCCAGGGACUGGCGCACUCCCAGCUUUCCAGAAUUCCUCUGAGAGAGAAGACUGUAAUAAUGAUGAGCCCCCUAGGAAGAUCAUUCCUGAGAAGAAUUCACUUAGACAGACCUACAACAGCUGUGCCAGACUGUGCUUAAACCAGGAAACAGUAUGUCUAGGAAGCACUGCUAUGAAGACUGAAAAUUGUGUGGCCAAAACAAAACUUGCCAAUGGCACUUCCAGUAUGAUUGUGCCCAAGCAAAGAAAGCUGUCUGCAAGCUAUGAGAAGGAGAAGGAGCUCUGCGUCAAGUACUUUGAGCAGUGGUCCGAGUCUGACCAGGUGGAGUUUGUGGAGCACCUCAUCUCCCAGAUGUGUCACUACCAGCACGGACACAUAAACUCAUACCUCAAACCCAUGUUACAGCGGGACUUCAUCACUGCACUGCCAGCUCGGGGAUUGGAUCACAUUGCUGAGAACAUUCUGUCGUACCUGGAUGCCAAAUCUUUGUGUGCUGCUGAGCUGGUGUGCAAGGAGUGGUACCGGGUGACGUCGGAUGGGAUGCUGUGGAAGAAGCUCAUUGAGAGAAUGGUCAGGACAGACUCCCUGUGGAGGGGUUUGUCAGAGAGGAGAGGAUGGGGGCAAUAUCUAUUUAAAAAUAAACCUCCUGAUGGAACUGCGCCACCCAACUCCUUCUACAGAGCACUUUACCCCAAAAUUAUACAGGACAUAGAGACAAUAGAGUCGAACUGGCGGUGUGGAAGGCACAGUUUACAGAGGAUCCACUGCCGAAGUGAGACAAGCAAAGGGGUUUAUUGUUUACAGUAUGAUGAUCAGAAGAUAGUAAGCGGCCUACGAGACAAUACUAUUAAGAUCUGGGAUAAGAAUACAUUGGAAUGCAAGCGAAUUCUCACUGGACACACGGGUUCUGUCCUGUGCCUCCAGUAUGAUGAACGGGUGAUCAUUACUGGAUCUUCAGACUCAACAGUCAGAGUGUGGGACGUGAACGCAGGCGAGAUGCUGAACACGCUGAUCCACCACUGCGAGGCCGUGCUGCACCUCCGCUUCAACAACGGCAUGAUGGUGACGUGCUCCAAGGACCGCUCCAUCGCCGUGUGGGACAUGGCCUCCCCCACGGACAUCACCCUCAGGAGGGUGCUCGUAGGGCACCGAGCUGCCGUCAACGUAGUGGACUUCGAUGACAAGUACAUUGUGUCGGCAUCAGGUGACAGAACUAUAAAGGUAUGGAACACUAGUACCUGCGAAUUUGUGCGCACCUUAAAUGGCCACAAACGAGGCAUUGCAUGUCUGCAGUACAGAGACAGGCUAGUAGUGAGCGGCUCUUCAGAUAACACCAUCAGGCUGUGGGAUAUAGAGUGUGGGGCAUGUUUACGAGUGCUGGAAGGCCAUGAAGAGUUGGUGAGAUGCAUACGCUUUGAUAACAAGAGGAUAGUCAGUGGGGCAUAUGAUGGGAAAAUUAAAGUAUGGGAUCUUGUGGCUGCUUUGGAUCCCCGUGCUCCAGCAGGGACCCUCUGCUUGCGAACCCUUGUGGAGCAUUCUGGAAGAGUCUUUCGACUUCAGUUUGAUGAGUUCCAGAUCGUCAGCAGCUCACAUGAUGACACCAUCCUCAUCUGGGAUUUUCUGAAUGACCCAGCUGCCCAGGCAGAAUCCACUCGUUCCCCGUCCAGAACAUACACCUACAUCUCCAGAUAAAUAACACUACACUGUACCUCACACUCGCACAGGACUCAUUUAAGCUGCAGUAUUUACAUGCCAGGACAAAAGAACUAUCCACGUAACCAAUACUUGCUGAAGAGAGAGGCUCUCAGACUUGUUUCUGGAACAAAGUUGGCAUGCGGUUGAUCUCAGACAGGGUCUACUCAGCGCGGCUGACUGCUAAAGUGCUGCUAUAUCAGAAGAUGACUUUUAUCUUUCAUGAACAGUUAACAUUUUUAAACCUUCCCAUCCCUUUCUUCCCUCAUUCCCCUCUUCAUGUUCACUCUUCCCUUUACCCCAUUUGAUUCCCCUCCAAUUCCAGUCACCAGUGUCCUAUGAAUAUAUUUAAGACGUCGCCA